ACAUGAUUUUCGUUCUAGCAAGACAGACGGCUAUUAUUCAUUCUUUAAAAGAAGUAAAUUAUCGGGUAUUUUUUUCUGCAACAUUCUAUGAAGGAAUCCGGUAUAUGUUGACCAGUAGAUACCGAAGGCAGUAUACCGGUGCUUUAUAUGUGAAGUAAAUACAUUAAUUUCUAAUUAUGUAGCCCAUUGAAACUUUGCUUGCAAAAUACAAUUAAAAUUGAUCACCAACAAAUAUCCUUGUUUGGUUAACGUGUUCUUUUUUACUUUUCGCAUCGAACAUGAUUUCCAUGUAUUUAGACAAUAAAAUAAUCAUUUGGAACUGUUAUGUAUAAUGACGCCACUGAAACGAACAGGCUGUAUUGGCGGACAUUACAUUACAUAAUAUUACUUGAUUUGACUGGUUAGCGUAGGUUGCAAAACAUUAUCACUUGUAUAGUAUACUGAUAUGUUUAUUCAUACUUCAUUACUUUUACAUAUAUAAAUAUGUUUCUUCGAGGUACGUGUUCCCAGUUCGAAACUCAAUCUUCGUGCUUGGAGAGUUUGCAUAAAUGUGGAUCCACCGAGGCGGUCAAACAACAGACGGGGUCAACAUCUUGUGACAAACUUGCUGAAUGCUGAUGGUAUAGUUUUACAUCCAGAUUCCAGACCAUUUCCUAGCAUUGUCUAUCCGGUUAUCAGAUUUGCUUGAUGAGAUUGGAGCCGGAAAAUGCACUGUAAUGGAGGGGAGAGACACAUAUUUGCGAAGAGAGCGUAAGCUGACGAUAGCAGGGCAACUUAUGGGAACCAAUUUUGAAUAUUUUCAUUUCGGGAGCCAAUCUGAAGGCACCACCACUCCCGGUCUCAAUUCUGAUAUUGAUUUGCUAUGUAGUGACAAACGUGUGAACAUCAUGACAGACUGGAGGGACUGGGAGGCUGGGAUGGAGAACUUUCUGAUGCUUCGUGACGACAUCACUCCACCUCAACAGUACUUGCUUCAGGUCAUAUAUCCAUACACACCGGAACCGGUGACCAGUAUUUCUGAUGACAGGUUUGUGAGGAAAGAUUCCGGACAAAUACUGUUAAGCUCAGAAAGAGGGAAACAGAAUAUAGAGCAGAAAGUAUCACGUCUAGGAGAGGUAACCAGAAAUGGACCUUCUGUGAGUUAUAUUCCCAACUGGGAUAUUGUAAGGACCUUUCCUGUCUGCAAACCUAUUCCUGAAAUACACCACUGGAUAGACAGGUGUAGAGGUAGACAUUGGCCGCCUGCCAAAUUACUGGAGGCUGCAAGACGAUCUCCGUCUUUCCUGGUACCUGCAGGACAUCCAGACAGUGAUUACAAGCGCGAAGAAUGGCGCCUUUCUCCGAACCUUAUUGAACGCAUGUUGAUGUUUAGUUUCAAUAUGACACAAAUUAAAUGUUACAUUAGUCUAAAAAUAAUUAAAACAGCCUUACUUAAUAAAAUAGUUGGGGAUUUUAUCACAAGUUUUCAUUGUAAAACCUUGAUGUUCUACACAAUAGAGCGAACACACCCUUCUCUGUGGAAGGAACAUAACCUCGUCUUUCUACUUUUACUAUGUUUACAAGUGUUAAGAAAAUGGCUGCGAUUGGGAUGCUUACCUCAUUAUAUCAUACAAGGAGUGAACUUGUUUGAUGGGAAACUGUCUAUGGUGCAACAGAGACGUCUUUUACAGUACGUGAAUUACUUGAUAAAGAAUGACUUGCAAGAUUUAUUUCAUAUAGCUAUAGAUAACUUAGAAUGUCGGUUACAAGCGUGUGGUAUACGAAGGAUCGAACAAGGUGGAGAGGGAGAACUGAGACCUAUAUGGUUACGUUAUGGUAUCAGUUUAUUGCUGAAGUUCGAGGACUUGGAAAGAUUUAUUACAGAAUUAACAAAGAUAACACAUCGGAUACAGAAUUCGAAUACAAACUUCCAGAAAGGUAAACAAAAAAAAUUACGGGCUGUUGUUGAAGACUCAACGAAUGUCAAAUUGACAUCCAUUGCUUUCGACUUUAUAAAUCACCUGUUUGCAUUACACAAUUCAAGUCAAUCAUCAACGUGUUCACAACUACCAAACCCUGCUUUUAUUGAAAUUAUACGCCGCUUCCAAUAUUCUUUAAAAACGGAUUUCGUUUCUAGCCGCUUAAAGUUGGCUUCUGUGCUAUACUGCUUUGGACAUCUUCACGCGGCAAUUAAAGUUUUAAAUGAUGCGGAGAGGAAGUAUCACAGCAAGGUUAAGGCUAUGUGCGUAAACAGAUUUAUAGAAGGAGAAACAGAUAUCCAGGUGUUUGUGAACAUGAUCUCAGAUAACUGUGACAACCUACUCAGUAAACUGCCAUUCGCAUUCUGUGUCAGGUUUAUCAGACAAGAAGUGCAUUGCGCCCCAUACAUAUUGUGGUUUGAAAUGAAUCGCGGUAUGACUGACGAGGAAGUUGAGCAGAGACAUACGUAUGAAAAACGAUGGAUGGACGACGCUGAGGUAGAUGUUCGUCCGUUCCUUCACUAUCUACAGUUUCUCACGUAUGGGGGACUCGGUGAACGCAACAAACAACUUCAUGCGUUUUAUAUGCUCAAGUCUUAUAUACUUAAUCCAAGAAAUAAAAUCAACAUUUAUCACCGAGAGACAGCGCUCAAUUUGAUUGGUCACUGCUAUGAAAUGGAAGGCGACUAUGAAAUGGCGUUAUAUAUCUACAAGGCAUCGUUGCGUCUUGAUAAAACGAACAAUGCAGCUAACUGGCACUUACAGCGGGUGCAGCGCAUAAUAAGUAACUUAGAAUGAAUAUUAAAACAUUGAAAUAUGCAAAAUGAAAGCCUGACGUAUAUGUUAAGAUACACUCUGUUUUAUGAGUUAGUUCUAUCAGUUUAACAUUUAAGUGUAUGUAAAAUAGGCAGCUCAUUUAACAUGCAAAUAUGAAGUUCAUGAUUAUUGUAAAGUAAUUAAAGUAUUAUAUUAAUCACUAUAUACGUUAUGCUAUGUUGUUUGCAUUACAAUAGAAAUAAACAAGUUUCGAUGUU